AUGGACUACAGCCCAGGCUCCAUACUGGACUCCUCCAGCGCCAGCUUACGCCCCGGCGAGGAGUCGGGGCCUCCCCGUCGGCCGGUCGCAGGCCUCGAGGCCGGACCCGUCCUCUCCUCAGGUCGCCCCGGCCGCUGCCCGCCGGAGGCCAUCCGCUGCGUCCGCCCGGAGCCGGACCAGUGCCGGAGCGACGACGACUGCCUGGACCCCGAAGAGAUGCUGCUACCGCCGCUGCGGCCUCAAGUGCGGGGCCCGACCCCUCGGCGCCCCAAAUUCUGCACCCUGCCCUUCGUCACGGGGCCCUGCAAGGCCUGGAUGCCUCGCUUCUUCUUCAACGUGGCCACCACGCGCUGCGAGAGGUUCAUCUACGGCGGCUGCCGAGGGAACCGGAAUAACUUCCCCAGCGAGGCCGAGUGCCGGCACGUGUGUCGGAAGCUGGACCUGUGCUUCCUGCCCCCCGUCGAGGGGCCCUGCCAGGCCAAAAUCCCCCGCUAUUUCUACGACUCCGUCACCCGCCGGUGCGCUGAGUUCUUCUACGGAGGCUGCAAGGGCAACCCAAAUAACUUCGUGGAUCGGGAGAGCUGCCAGGCAGCGUGUGCGGCCCGGGGCCGGGACAGGGGCCGCGGGGACCGGAAGGGCCCGGAGGAGCUGGUGGGCGGACGGCUGUCAGAGAAGGGGUUUGGGGACGUCCCGUCGCCGGCCGGAGGCCCCGGUGUUUCGGGGGGCUGCCCGGGACCCCUGAAGCGCACAGAGACCCCCCCCCCCCCCGGAAAAGCACGCUCCCCCGGUCGCCCCGGCCGCUGCCCGCCGGAGGCCAUCCGCUGCGUCCGCCCGGAGCCGGACCAGUGCCGGAGCGACGACGACUGCCUGGACCCGAAGAGAUGCUGCUACCGCCGCUGCGGCCUCAAGUGCGUGGAGCCGGGGGGCCCGACCCCUCGGCGCCCCAAAUUCUGCACCCUGCCCUUCGUCACGGGGCCCUGCAAGGCCUGGAUGCCUCGCUUCUUCUUCAACGUGGCCACCACGCGCUGCGAGAGGUUCAUCUACGGCGGCUGCCGAGGGAACCGGAAUAACUUCCCCAGCGAGGCCGAGUGCCGGCACGUGUGUCGGAAGCUGGACCUGUGCUUCCUGCCCCCCGUCGAGGGGCCCUGCCAGGCCAAAAUCCCCCGCUAUUUCUACGACUCCGUCACCCGCCGGUGCGCUGAGUUCUUCUACGGAGGCUGCAAGGGCAACCCAAAUAACUUCGUGGAUCGGGAGAGCUGCCAGGCAGCGUGUGCGGCCCGGGGCCGGGACAGGGGCCGCGGGGACCGGAAGGGCCCGGAGGAGGUGUGA